AAUUAAAAAUAUAUAUUUAGUGAUGUUAUAUGUAUAUAUAAUUAAUAUUUUUAUAUAUUCGGGUACCUGUUCGGUUCUCGGUUCGUUCGGUUAUUUCGGAUAUAAAAAUAUAGGAACCGUUCGAGUAUUUGAGAGUAUUGGUCCGUUUCCGGUUUCAGGUAUUUCGGUUCGGUUCCGGUUCCAGUUCGGUUCUUCAGUUCCGAUUAUUUUGCCCAGGCCUAAUCCUGACGUUACAAAACAGACACACACAAACACAUACUCUCCUUCUCUCUCUGCUUCUCAUCAGUGUACGGUGCCUUGAAAGAGAAGAAAGAAACAAUGGGGUUCCCUUUUGAAGAAACCUUAAGCUCUAACCCUAAAAUCCAAACUGUUAUUGAUGAUGAUAAUGAGUUGGGUUUGAUGGCCGUGAGACUAUCCAAUGCCGCAGCCUUUCCCAUGGUUCUCAAGGCCUCCCUCGAACUCGGUGUCUUUGACACUCUCUACGCCGAUGCCGCUCGCACCGACUCGUUCCUCUCACCAUCUGACAUAGCGAGUAGGCUACCAACUACGCCACGUAACCCUGAGGCACCGGUUUUGUUGGACCGUAUGCUCCGUCUACUCGCUAGCUACUCCAUGGUCAAGUGCAGUAAGGUCUCAUCCGUGAAAGGCGAGAGAGUCUAUAGAGCAGAGCCAAUUUGUAGGUUCUUCUUGAAAGAUAACAUUCAGGAUAUUGGAUCCCUUGCUUCACAAGUCAUCAUUAAUUUUGACAGCGUCUUCUUCAAUACAUGGGUACAAUUGAAAGAUGUGGUGCUUGAAGGAGGAGAUGCAUUUGGCCGUGCACAUGGUGGCAUGAAACUCUUCGACUAUAUGGGAACUGAUGAGAGAUUCAGCAAGCUCUUUAACCAGACCGGAUUCACAAUUGCGGUUGUGAAGAAUGCUCUUGACGUCUAUGAAGGCUUCAAAGAUGUGAAAGUGUUGGUUGAUGUGGGAGGAGGAGUAGGUAACACCCUUGGUGUUGUUACUUCCAAGUAUCCUCAUAUUAAGGGUAUCAACUUUGAUCUGACUUGUGCCUUGGCACAAGCACCCUCUUAUCCUGGGGUGAAACAUGUCGCCGGAGAUAUGUUUGUUGAUGUUCCAACCGGAGAUACCAUGAUUUUGAAACGCAUACUUCAUGAUUGGACAGACGAAGACUGCGUGAAGAUUCUUAAAAAUUGUUGGACAUCACUACCAAACAACGGUAAAAUUGUUGUCACAGAAUUAGUCACUCCUGAUGACGCAGAGAAUGGUGACAUCAACGCAAACAUUGCCUUUGAUAUGGAUAUGUUGAUGUUCACACAAUGUUCUGGUGAAAUAGAGAGGUCACGUGCGGAGUUUAAAGCUUUAGCUGCAGCUGCUGGCUUCAACCAGUGCAAAUUCGUUUGCCAGGCAUAUCACUGUUGGAUUAUUGAGUUUUGUAAAUAAGAUGUGUAAAAUAUAAAACUUACUCUUCAAAUGUUAUCAUCUUGGUUCCAAUUCUUUGUUUGUGAUGAUCAUACAUUUGUGUGUGUGUGUAUGUUCAAGAAAUGUUAAAUAAUAAUAAGCUUUUUGUUUACUUUGUACUCUUUAAGAACCAACUUUGUCUAGUUAAUUAGCCACAUGAAAUUCUUUUUGGAGAGCUCACAAGACUCACACAAAGGCUACUUCUCUAAUUUAAUGUUUAAUUUUUCUAGUAUUGUAAAAAAAACAUGAGAUAAUAUUUUUUGGUUUACUUAAAUUAAAAAAAAUAUUUACAUAUUAGAAGUAGAUGUUAUCUUCUUGUUAUUUCAUAAAUUUAAGGAUAUAUAUACACAUAUAUAUGUUUUUUUUUAACUGAAUCAUAUAUAUGUUUUUUGACUAAAGGCAUUCAUAUUUAAUUACAGAAAGAAAUAAAAAGUUUUACAAGCUUAUAGCUAUAGUCCACCCAACAUAUGACAAUCCAGCCCAUAGUUUUAAAACCCAUAAUUGAGAUCAGAAUUAUAAUGAAAUAUGGUAGAUGGUAGAGAGCAAAGCCCAGCCUAGUUAGAUGAAAAGUCAGGAAACGAAGGAGUUCUCGUUUACUCCGUUAAGAGCCACAGCUGCAUGAGGGAGGAGGAGAGCGCAGGAGAGGAAGGUCUGAAGCUCAGUAAUCGAUCAUUGACUAGCCGAUUCAAGGAGGAAAUGAUGGAAUCCGCAGAUUGAUAACGCUGGGAGUGAAGCCGCUGAUUUCUUUCACGCCACAAGGAGUAGAUCACCGAUUGCCAGCAGAGAAGAAUGAGGCGCUUACUCAGUUUGUUGCCUGUGAGAGUAAUCAACUGGUCCAUUACAUCUAGCCAAAUCGGAGACGGGGUAAAUGAGCAUCUACGUGCAAUCUCCGGCCAUAUCCUCCAGGAGAAGGGACAUCUGAAGAAUAAGUGAUCUCUUGAUUCAGCCUCUCGAUUACAGAGCAAGCAGUUUGCAUCGACAGACAACCCCCAAGAAAGUAGACGAUCUCUUGUAGAACACCUAUUCAACACAAAGAGCCAGACAAGAAAGUUAUGUUUCGGAAUAUCUCGCGAUGUCCAAACAAUUUUCGCCCAAGUUGGUGCUCCUGUAACAUUCCAUUCAUAGGCGUCCGCAACCUCAUCUUCCAGCGUUAUGGAGGUUAGGAAAGUUUGAACCAGCACCAUAGCAUCAGAGCGGUCCUGAGGAAGCACUCAGUUACCUGAGCGAUGAAGGUCAGCUAAGGUAGAGUCAAGAGAUAUUCCUUGCCUAGAUGAUGAGGAAGCAGCAAAGUAGUCUUUAAGAGAACCCAAGGGUGACCAGUUGUCAAUCCAGAAGCGGCAGCUAGCUCCAUUUCCUACUCGCAAUUUGAUCCAGAUAAACAUUUCUCCUCGCAUCAUAAUUAGUUUGUUUGCCAACCAAGAAUUAGAUGCACUUGUUUUCACUGUCCAGUAGUUAGAUAGGGAACCAUGUAGGCAUGGUAUAUAUGAAACCUUCUUAUAAACCGUAUAUACUACACAUGCCUUUGUUUUUCUUCUUAAGAAAAAUAGAGUCAAUAUCGUUUGGACAUUUACCAACUUAAUUUGUUAUUUUAUACUAUGUUUUUUCUUUGGUGAAAUCUUUUUAUAUGGUUACUUCAAACAAAAUAGUUCAGUUUUGUACA